AUGGCGGGAAAAGGAUGGUAUUAUACUUUCAUGAACCGACAUCCUGAACUGUCACUUAGACUACCAGAGAAAAUAUCCAUGGCUAGAGCAACUGGAUUCAACCAGAAAAACGUCCAUGAGUUUUUCGACAUUUUAGUAAAAUGUGUUGAUGAAAACCGUUUUUACGCUCAAACAAUUCAUACUGUUAAUGAAAGUGGAUUUUCAACUGUUCAGAAACGAAAUAAAAAAAAUUCACGUAAAGGAAAACACCAAGUUGGAGGUAUAGCAAGUAGUGAAACGGGCGUAAACACUACAGUUGUCGUUUGUGCCAGUGCUGCCGGUCAAACUGCACCACCCAUGAUCAUUUUUAAGAGAAAACGUAUGGCUCCAGAGCUAACCAUAGGUGCAUAUCUGGCACUAUUGUUACAAUUUCAGUUACUGGAUAUAUCAAUACCGAACUUUUUGUUAAAUGGUUACAGCACUUCAUUGAGUACGUAA